AUGGGUGACCCCAAAACACACGAAUGCCCCAGCACCGGGAGGAUGUUGUGCGCCUCUGUGUAUCGUGCGGGUAAGACACCGUACGAGCGCUUCCUGCGACCACAGCGCCUCUCUCAACAGCAGCUGAAACGACUCUCCUCUUUCCCAGUACUUGCGAUUGUGCGCUCGGCAAAACCCUUACCUGGCACGUGGCACGGUACGACAGUGGCGGUCAAGAUUUUGGUGACGCCCGCCCUGAACCUCGUCGCACUCCGGGAAACGCAUCUGGGCCCGCAGCUCCAACACCCCCACAUCGUACAGACGUAUGCGACCCGGUGUGCUCGUCUCACCAACGAGUACUUUGACCACAUGGAGACGCAUAUGGACCAGCACUCAGAGUCUUUUGACGUGCAUCUGCUGGGCCCGAUUACUAUGAGCCGGUCUGCUGCGGGAGGGGCCCCGGGGGGGGGUAGGCAACUAAGGCCUGUGUCGACUACGGAAACAUCGGGUAUUGGGGUGGGGGCCGCCGUGGGUAACUGGGUUACCCUGGUCAUCAUGGAAUUUUGCGACAUGAAGACGCUCCACAUCGCCAUCGCCAAGGGGCUCUUUCUGGCGAACUUGUCCUGGUCGCAAAGGGUGGCGAAUAGGGCCCUUUUAAGGACCGCUGCGGAGAUUGCCCGAGGGCUACAUCACUUGCACUCAGCGGGGGUCGUGCACGGGGAUUUGAAGCCCACAAACAUUCUGUUACGAAGCGGAUUGUCUGAUCGGCGGGGCUUUAUUGCGAAGGUGGCCGACUUUGGAGCAGCUCAUGUACUGCCCGCUGAAGCACGAUCAACCAAUACGACAACGUGGGGUACGGUGCCGUACAUGGCUCCGGAGCAUUUGUCAGCCGGGCGCAUCAGCCGGGCGACGGACGUAUACUCCUUUGGUGUCGUACUUUGGGAGAUGCUGACGCAGCAGAUGCCGUACUCUGGCAUGCAACCCGGUCAGGUCGCGCACGGUAUUUCCCACGGCACCCUGGAGCUGUCGUGGCCCACGGGGUUACCCGCACCCAUGGACGAGGUGGUGGCGUUGGGUCAGAGGUGCACUAGCCGCGACCCGGCGCGCCGCCCCAGCUCAUCGGACAUUAUGUUGGAGCUCGUGCGCCUGGAGGGUCAACUGAGAAUGAACUUGAGCAACAACAGAAACAACAACAACAACGACGACAGCACCAGUAACAGUAACAGCAACAACAACAACAUCAACAACCAUGAUAAUUACAACCAAAACCAAAACCAAAACCCUAACAAUAAUAACAAUGUCAACGUUAACACCGGACGGUGA